AUGGCCGACUUCUCUACGUAUCACUCCCUUGGCCAGGGCGAAGAUCAGCCUGCGCCGCCGCAAUUCAACCCGCCGGUUGCUCCAGGGCCCCCGGGUUACCAACAAAUCCAACAAAGUACGUCUCCCGCGGGGCCCAUGGGCUCUCCCGGAUAUCCUCCGGGAUCGCAUGGGCCAACAACUCCCGGCCCGGAUGCAAUGGGAGAAUUGUCAUCUCAAAUGGGCGGCUUAGGGAUCAGUGGAGCUAUGAGCGGAAGCGUUCGUGCUCACAAGAAGAAAGAUCGGCAUGCUUAUCACGAUUUCGGUGGCCCGUCUCCUACUUCACAAGCCUUCAAUGGAAUGCCACAAGGCGGAAUGCAGAGCCAAUCGCAGUUCCUUAGUACGGGGAUGAAUCAACCACCUCCACCAAGCUCUCCAUAUUCUCAUCCAGCUUCUCCAGGCUUACAACAGCCCUCACAAGCUGGACGGCCUUCUUUUGGUGGAAGCAUGAAACCCUCAUUUUCUGCUGCUGGCGAUGGUUCCGUACAUACUCAGGGGAAGGUUGACCCUGAGCAAGUUCCAGGCGUUCCAAUUGCGCGUGAUAUUGCUGCACAAUAUUAUCUCAACCACGUAUAUCCCACGAUGGAGCGUCACAUCCCCCCUCCAGCAGCUGUCCCUUUUGUAGCACACGACCAAGGCAAUUCCUCUCCAAAGUUCGCUCGGCUUACGCUUAAUAAUAUCCCAUCUACCCUCGAAUUCCUGUCGUCCACUGCCCUUCCUCUUGGUAUGGUUAUCCAACCUCUUGCUCCAUUAGACUCUGGCGAACAACCUAUCCCUGUCUUAGAUUUUGGCGACGCUGGCCCUCCAAGAUGCCGAAGGUGCAGAGCAUAUAUAAAUCCUUUUAUGAUGUUCAGAUCGGGAGGUAAUAAAUUUGUAUGCAACAUGUGCGCCUUUCCAAACGAAGUUCCACCUGAAUACUUUUCGCCCCUGGAUCCAUCAGGGGUCAGGGUCGAUCGCAUGCAACGCCCUGAGUUGAUGCUGGGAACGGUUGAGUAUAUGGUUCCCAAAGAAUAUUGGGGCAAAGUUCCUGUAGGGCUACGCUGGCUAUUCCUGAUCGACGUCUCACAAGAAUCAGUAACUCGAGGGUUUUUAGAAGCAUGCUGUGGGGGAAUAAUGGCAGCCCUGUAUGGGUGCGAUAGCGACGAACAAGCGGCGGAGGACGAAAAUACACCGACAAAGAAACUUCCUGAAGGGUCCAAAGUCGGAAUAAUCACUUUUGAUAAAGAAGUACAAUUUUAUAAUCUUUGCUCCCGCCUCGAACAAGCCCAGAUGAUUGUCAUGACCGAUCUUGAUGAUCCUUUCGUUCCUCUGAGUGAAGGGCUAUUUGUUGACCCUUAUGAAUCAAAACAUGUCAUCUCAUCACUAUUAACACAAAUACCGACAUUAUUUUCGCAUAUUAAAAAUCCGGAGCCAGCACUAUUACCUGCAAUAAACGCCGCCCUGUCUGCUUUGGAACAAACCGGUGGCAAAAUGAUUUGCGCGCUAGCAAGCUUACCAACUUGGGGACCAGGCCGACUGUUCAUGAGAGAUGAUGGAAAGGGAUCGGGCACUGAUGCCGAAAAGAAGCUUUUUACCACUGAUCACCCUGGUUGGAAAAAGACCGCAAAUAAGCUAUCUGAGAGUGGAGUCGGAAUUGACUUCUUCCUGGCGUCAUGUGGUGGUGCCUAUAUGGACAUAGCUACGAUCGGCCAUGUUGCUGCAGUUUCCGGCGGGGAGACCUUCCUAUACCCUAACUUCCAUGCUCCUCGCGAUGUCUUGAAGCUAUCAAAUGAACUUUCUCAUGCUGUAAACAGGGAAACGGGUUACCAGGCUUUGCUAAAAGUCCGAUGCUCCAAUGGACUUCAAGUCUCAUCCUAUCAUGGUAACUUCGUGCAGCACACUUUCGGUUCAGACUUGCAAUUAGGCAGUAUUGAUGCAGACAAGGCCUUUGGUGUUGUCUUCACGUAUGACGGAAAGCUUGAUACGAAACUAGAUGCUCAUUUCCAAGCUGCAUUGUUGUACACUACAGCUAGCGGCCAGCGACGAGUAAGAUGCAUCAAUAUUGUUGCGGCUGUCAAUGAGGGCGGGAUGGAGACGAUGAAGGCAAUUGAUCAGGACGCUGUGGUUAAUAUAGUGACCAAAGAAGCUGCCUCUAAAGUGCCUGAUAAGUCACUUAAAGAUAUCCGAGCUGGGUUAACUGAAAGGACGAUCGAUAUCCUUGCGGGCUACCGAAAGAAUUUCUCGUUGUCCCAUCCUCCUGGGCAGCUUGUCCUACCAGAGAAUAUGAAGGAGUUUUCUAUGUAUAUACUGAGUUUGGUGAAAUGCCGCGCUUUCAAGGCCGGCCCCGAGACUUCCGAUCGUCGAGUCCAUGAUAUGCGGAUGCUUCGCUCUUUCGGCUGCAAUGAACUGUCGCUUUAUCUAUACCCUCGUAUUAUUGCGAUUCAUAACCUUAGCCCAGAAGACGGCUUCGCCAACGAGCAAGGGAAACUCCAAGUUCCUCCAGCACUCCGAGCAUCCUUCUCCCGUAUUGAAGAGGGUGGUGCCUACCUCGUGGAUAAUGGCCAAAUUUGUUUACUUUGGAUUCAUGCCCAAGUUUCACCAAAUCUUCUCGAAGACCUGUUUGGCCCCGGUAAAACAACGCUACAGUCUCUCGAUCCCAACACUUCGUCCAUUCCUCUGCUGGAAACUCAUUUGAAUGCCCAAGUGCGGAAUAUUAUUCAAUACCUCUCCACCAUUCGCGGCUCCAAGUCGGUAACAAUACAGCUUGCACGGCAAGGGAUAGAUGGCUCUGAAUACGAGUUUGCCAGGCUUCUUCUAGAAGACAGAAACAACGACGCCCAAAGUUACGUUGACUGGCUAGUGCAUAUUCACCGGCAGAUCCAACUUGAGCUUGGAGGUCAUCGCAAAAGGGAGGAAGGCGGUUCAGCAGUCUCCGGGGUGGAAAGUACGUUGUCUGGAUUAAGCGGAUUACGGCCGCCAUACUGGUGA